CAAUAUGGUGUCCAUCGGUUGAAGGGCUACGUUAGAAUUUUAUAUUUGAAAAUAACAUUAACAGCACGAAAAUUGUUUAACUCAUCAUAAUUAUGAAAAUUCGAUUGAAAAAUUGAUAUGACAUCUAAAAGCCUUAAUGUCACAGCAAUAUAUUAUAUAAAAACGAAAAAAUUAUCAUCUUUAAAAUUCUUUUCUCAAAUUGUAUCUUGUGAAUAGAAAUUCCGAUAUUUGAAAAAAAGAAAUAUCGAAAAAAUUAAAAUGGAAAAGAUAAACGUAGAAAGUGUUACAGAUGGAAAUGAAUCAGAAGGUGAACAAAAUAGCAUCGAAGAAAAGAAUGAAAACUCUUUGACAGAUAUUGCUACAUUAGAUAUUACAUCUCGACUUAGUUUAAAGACAACUGAAAUAUAUGGAGAAUCACAUAGAAAUGGAAUAUCUCGAGUCAAUGGAAUUUGUAAUUCUCCUGAAAGAAUUACUAGCAUGACUAAUCUUACACAACCUGAAACUACUCAGUUAAAUCAAUAUGGUACAUUACCAGGGACAUUAUCGUUGGAAAGUAGAGGUAAUGAUAUAAAGUAUGUUAGUUACACAAGUGAAUUACAAAUGCCUGAUAUUAUGAAGUUAAUACAAAAGGACCUAAGUGAACCAUAUUCUAUUUACACAUAUAGAUAUUUCAUUUAUAAUUGGCCAAAAUUAUGUUUUCUGGCGAUGUUUGGUGACGAGUGUGUUGGUGCCAUUGUCUGCAAGCUGGACAUCCACAGAAAAGUCAUAAAACGUGGAUACAUUGCAAUGUUAGCUGUCGAUGUAAAAUAUCGAAAGCAAAAGAUUGGAUCAAACCUGGUAAGAAGAGCGAUCCAGGCUAUGGUGGAAGAUAAUGCUGGUGAAGUAGUUUUAGAAACAGAAAUUACUAAUCGACCAGCAUUACGUUUGUACGAGAAUCUUGGUUUUGUACGUGAUAAACGAUUAUUUCGGUACUAUUUAAAUGGUGUAGAUGCUCUUCGAUUGAAAUUAUGGCUUAGAUGAAAUUCAUCUAUACCUUUAUAUCUUAAUAAAGAUCUAAUUAACUCUAUCAUGCUGAAGGGAUAUAACGUCAAUGUUCAGUAAUAUCCAAAAAUAAUGUAAUGUUAAUACCAAGGAGAUUAUUAUAUAUUGUAUGCGCAGAAAAACAUUUGUACCUGGAAAAAAAAUAAUUGGAUUGUAUAGCGCAUACGAUUUAACGUUAUAUUGAAUUGAUAUGAUUAAUUUAAUCAAUUUUUAUAUUGAAAUAUAUUUAUCAUAUUAUGUUGUACUACUACAUCAUAUCAUGAAUAUACUUCUUACUUAUAAUACAAAAACAAUAGAAUGAUAAAUUAUUCUAAUAUUCUAAAUAUAUAAUUAAUUGUUGAGUAUCAGGAUGUUCUCUUUGGUAUUAAUGUUUAUUGGAAUAAUAUAUAAAUGCAGCUUAAAAAUAUAACAAUGAGAAAGAAUAACGGGAAAAAAAAGAUAAAAAAUGUAAAACAAGUUUUGAAAGUAAUAUGUUCUUUUGUGCCUCUUUCAUGUUCUUUAAAUAUGAAAUCUGAUACAAUGCGGUAACAAAGAGAUUUGUGAAUUUAUGAUGAAAUAAGAUGAAGUUUUAAAAAGAUUAAGUUAAUUUGCUUAUAAAUAAUCAAUGUGAAUUUUUUAAGAUAUUGGUCGAAUUUUGUUGUAAUUACUGUGAUGGAAUAUGAAUCAAAUAAUAAUAUUAUUUGUUAUUUUAAAAAAUAUUUAAAAUAUUUUCGUACAUGUAUGUAUUUCUUUUUGUUAUAUUGGGUAAUUCUCUUAUUACAUAAGCAUUGAUUUAUUGUACGAUAAAAUGAAAUAUUUUGCAAAUAUUAAUUUUAAUAUAUUAUCUACAUAUUUGCAAUUACAUUUAAAUAUAAUAAAAAAUACGAAUAUAUAUAAAUGAAUGCAUAUACAAUAGAAUCUCGAUUAUUGCAACUUUAAUCAUUGCACGGAAACUAUAUUCAUUCCAAUAGUACAUAGUGAAGCAUGAUUUCAUGUAUUACAAUAAAAAAAUCAUUUUAUUAAUAUCAUUGUAAAAAUAAUUAAUUAUUGCGUUUGUUAUACGAACAUCGAAAUUUGCACUUAUUUUGUUAAUACGUAUUUCAUUUUAUCACAAUUGAGAUUCUACUAUAUAUACAACAUAUAUACAUAUAUAUGUAUAUAUAUAUAUAUAUAUAAACAUGAAAUAAAAAAAUAAAGAAAAAAAUAUAAAAUUUGCUAAAUGAAAAUAUCACGAAGAAAAUAUAUUUCACGUAAAAUAACAUAGAGCAGAUUUAUUGCUCUCUCUAAAUGUUACAGCUUUGUAUAAAAUAAAUGCGAGGCACAGAUCAUGACGUAACUAUUGAAAGAAAUGUAAAAAUGUUAAUAAAAAUACCUAAAUGUUUUUA